CCUGAAUUAUGGGGUUCCUUCCAAGAUUGAAACGGGACACGACCGACCUAUCAUUUAUAAGCAAUUUAGAAGUUAGAAGAUUAUGAAGAGAAAGGCAUGUUCAGUAGAAAAGUUAUUGGUGUUGUCGUUCAGAGGACCAAAGAAAUGGCAAGAACACGAUCUAAGAGUAGUUCGGUGACAAUAAAAAAAAAACCCAACAAGAAGGAGGAAGUUAGUCGUAAGAAGGAAUUACUUGAAAAUGUUCUUAAUGCCAAAAUCAGUAUACCAUCUGAUUUGAAAUUACCGGACGAGUUUAUUAAAUUUCACGAUGAAGAGUUUAUAAAAGGGAUUGAAUAUAUUUUAUCGAAGGAUUCAACGUUAUAUCCAGCAAUAACGUGUUCCAAUUUCAAAUCGUUUCCAAGAGAAGUGAAGAAUGACUUGAAAGAAGAAGAAGAAGUUAUCAGGAGUUACUGGUACUCAUUAAUAUGUAGUGUUAUUGGGCAACAAAUCAGUGGGCACGCCGCCAAAUCAGUUGAAAAUAAAUUUCGAAAUUUAUUUGAAGGACAACCCAGUGCCAAAGAAACGGUCUUGAAGCCAGCAGAGGAGUUGAAGGCCGCCGGGCUAUCCAAUCAAAAGCUAGGGUACGUGUAUGAUAUAAGUCACGCGUUUAAUGACGAAACGAAUCCGUUGACCAAAUUAGAAUUCUAUAAGAAAAGUAGUAGUGACGAGAUUAUCGAGGAGUUGGUGAAAUUGAAAGGGAUUGGGAGUUGGUCGGCGAAAAUGUUUCUGUUUUUCACUUUGAGGGAACUUGAUAUAUUUGCCGAAGAUGAUUUAGGAGUUGCCCGAGGGGCAGCAAGGUAUUGGGAGCUUAGACCGGAAAGUUUAAAGCAAAUCAAGCAGGAGGUUAACCUGAUUGAAGAAUUCAAAAAACUUUUGAAACGAAAGGGGAAAUUUGAAAAUAAAAAUACCAAGAGAGAUUGGAUAGCUCACCAUGAUCAAUACGUCAAGUAUUUGGGGUUGACAUUCAAACCAUAUCAGCUGAUUUUCAUGUUGGUAAUGUGGAGAUUAAGUUCUACAAAUGUCGAUGUUCUUGAAAACACCGGAACAAGAUAA